AUGUCGAUUCUGUGCACGAUUAGCGGACAGACGCCCGAAGAGCCAGUUGUGAGCAAAACAGGCUAUAUUUUUGAAAAACGACUAAUAGAGAAACAUAUAAUAAACUAUGGGAUAUGUCCAGUAAGUGGGGAAAUAUUAACUUUACAGGAUUUGUAUCCUUUAAAAAAUGAAAAAAUUGUUAAACCUAGACCUAUAAGUGCUAGUAGUAUUCCUGGACUUUUGUCCAUGUUUCAAACCGAAUGGGACUCCAUAAUAUCGGAGAUGUUUAGCUUAAGAACGCAUGUAAAUGAUAUUAGAAAUCAACUAAGUCAUAGUCUUUAUCAAUAUGAUGCAGCUACAAGAGUAAUUGCAAAAUUAUUAAAAGAAAAAGAUAGUUAUAAAGAAGAGAUUACUAAUUUAAGGAAUCAAAUUUUUCAAUUAAAAAGUGGAAAUGAUAUAAAUGAAUUUGAGAUUGGAAUAACGGAUGAACUACUAAACGAGAUGCAAAAUAUUGCAAAAGAUUUAUUAAUGAAUAGAAAGAAAAGAAAAAUUGAAAAUGUAUGUUCUGUAGAUAAGUGGAAAGAAUUUACAAAUACAAAUGAGUUUGAUAUUCAUUCUUCAGUUGUACCUGGAGUUACUUCCUUAGCAUUAGAUAUAAAUAAAUAUAAAUAUAAUUAUAACCAUGAUCAUAUUAAUCAUAAUUUCUUCUCAGGAGGUAAAGAUGGAAAUAUAUAUUAUGUUUCUCUAUCUGAUAAUAAAAUUAUUUCAAAAUUACAAGGACAUUUAAAAAAAGUUAAUGCACUAAUAUCUCAUCCGUCUAAUUUUGUUUGUAUAUCUGGAUCAAAUGAUAAAACGGUUCGAAUAUGGAAAGGUGAUUCGGAUACCAAUGAAUAUGUAACUGCUCAUGUAAUUACAAAACAUAAAGAUCAUAUAACAUCAUUAUCUUUACAUCCACUAGAAAAUCUAUUUAUAAGUGCUUCUAAAGAUAAUGUAUGGAUUUUACAUGAUUUAGAAACAGCUAAAACGAUAAAAACUUGUAAAAAUAAUCCUUCUCCUUUUAAAAAUUUAUCUAUUCAUCCUGAUGGUAUGAUGCUAGGAAUUGCAUCGGAAGAUUCAAAUAUACAUAUAUAUGAUAUUAAAAGUCAAGAAUAUAAAGCUUCACUUACAGGACAUACAAAAGCAGUAGACUGUAUCUCCUUUAGCGAAAAUGGUUAUUACUUAGCAUCUUGUUCUAAAGAUAAUACAAUUAAAUUGUGGGAUCUCCGAAAAGCUCUUAGUUUUCAAACAUUAGAAUUAGAACAAACACCAAAUUUUAUCACUUUUGAUUAUUCUGGAAAAUAUUUAUCAGUUGCCCUGGGAAAUGACAUACAUAUAUAUAACUUUCAUACAAAGAACCAAGUUACGCUAGUUAACACUCUUUCGUCGCAUACUGAUACUGUUACCAAAACUUGCUUUGGCAGCAGAACUUCCUAUUUGUUGUCUAGUUCUAUGGACAAGACAGUGAAGUUAUGGAGUUAG